GUGUCUACAGUAGAGGGAGUGGCCUGGUGAUCUUCAUCAUGACAUCAGAGGCCCGUUCAUCUCAUCUUCUGAGCUGGCUCGGUACGUUGACCAGACACCAGACAUGGUUUCAGGUGCUUUGGGUCCUGCUGGCGGGCGUCGGUCGGGUCUCGCGAGCCCAGCAGGGCACGCAGCCUCAGUCCAUCAAAAUCGAGGGGGACAUCACCCUGGGCGGGCUUUUCCCCGUCCACUCUCGAGGGCCCGUGGGCGUCGCCUGCGGCGAGAUCAAGAGGGAGAAGGGCAUCCAUCGACUGGAGGCCAUGCUGUACGCCCUGGACCAGAUCAACAGUGACCCCGACCUGCUGCCAAACAUCACCCUCGGAGCCCGCAUCCUGGACACCUGCUCCAGGGACACCUACGCGCUGGAACAGUCGCUUACCUUCGUCCAGGCCCUCAUCCAGAAGGACAACUCGGGCGUGCGCUGCUCCAACGGAGAGCCGCCCAUCAUUCCCAAACCGGAGAGGGUGGUCGGCGUGAUUGGGGCGUCGGGCAGCUCCGUGUCCAUCAUGGUGGCGAAUGUGCUCAGACUGUUUUCGAUCCCGCAGAUCAGCUACGCCUCCACCGCCCCAGAGCUGAGCGACAAGAGCCGCUACGAGUUCUUCUCCCGCGUGGUGCCCCCCGACUCCUACCAGGCCCAGGCCAUGGUGGACAUCGUCAAAGCCAUGGGCUGGAACUACGUCUCAACGAUUGCCUCCGAGGGCAACUACGGAGAGAGUGGAGUCGACGCCUUCCUGCAGAUAUCCAGAGAAGCAGGAGGGCUGUGUAUUGCACAGUCCAUAAGAAUCCCCAGAGAGCCCAGGCCAGGGGAGUUUGAGAAAAUCAUCAAGAGACUGAUGGAGACCUCCAAUGCUCGUGGGGUUAUCAUCUUUGCCAAUGAGGAUGACAUAAAACGGGUGUUGCAGGCCGCAAAAAAAGCCAACCUCACCGGCCACUUCUUGUUUGUUGGAUCCGACAGCUGGGGGGCCAAAAACUCCCCCAUCGAGGACCAGGAGGAGGUUGCUGAGGGUGUUGUCACUAUCCUGCCAAAAAGGGCCUCUAUUGAUGGGUUCGACCAGUACUUCACUUCAAGGUCUCUGGAAAACAACAGAAGAAAUAUCUGGUUUGCAGAAUUUUGGGAGGAUGACUUUAAGUGCAAGCUAACUCGACCAGGCAUAAAAUACGACCCCGGGAGGAGAAAAUGUACAGGUGAGGAAAGGAUCAGUCGCGACUCUCAGUACGAGCAGGAGGGCAAGGUGCAGUUUGUGAUUGACGCUGUGUACGCCAUGGCCCACGCUCUGCACAGCAUGCACAUCGACCUCUGCCCUGGCUCCAUGGGUGUCUGUGAGAAAAUGGACCCGGUGGAGGGACAGAUGCUCCUCCAGUAUAUUCACGGUGUAAACUUUAACGGCAGCGCAGGAACCGGAGUAAUGUUCAACGAGAAUGGAGACGCUCCUGGUCGGUACGACAUCUUCCAGUACCAAAUGUCCAAUGUCAGCAACCCCGGCUACAGGGUUAUCGGCCAGUGGACAAACCACUUGCGAAUCAAUGUGGAGGAGAUGCAGUGGUCGGGGGGUGACCGUAAAAUCCCGGAGUCCGUGUGCAGCUUCCCCUGCGAGCCCGGCGAGAGGAAGAAGAUGGUGAAGGGCGUUCCCUGCUGCUGGCACUGCGAGCUCUGCGACGGCUACCAGUACCAGCUGGACGAGUUCACGUGCGACAUGUGCCCCUUCGACAUGAGGCCCCUGAAGAACCGCACGGGCUGCCGCGAGACGCCCAUCAUCAAGCUGGAGUGGAGCUCCCCGUGGGCCAUCAUCCCCGUCUUCCUGGCCAUCCUGGGCAUCCUGGCCACCACCGGGGUCAUCGGCACCUUCGUCCGCUUCAACGACACCCCCAUCGUGCGGGCCUCCGGCCGGGAGCUCAGCUACGUGCUGCUGACCGGCAUCUUCCUCAUCUACCUCAUCACCUUCCUCAUGAUCGCCGAGCCCAGCGUGGCGGUGUGCGCCUUCCGCAGGCUGCUGCUGGGGCUGGGCAUGUGCAUAAGCUACGCCGCCAUGCUCACCAAAACCAACCGGAUCUACCGCAUCUUCGAACAGGGCAAGAAAUCCGUCACCCCUCCCAAGUUCAUCAGCCCCACCUCUCAGCUGAUUAUCACCUUCAUACUCAUCUCGGUGCAGGUGCUAGGAGUGUUCGUCUGGUUUGGCGUCAUGCCCCCCCACACGAUCAUCGACUACGAAGAGCAGAAGCCCCCCAACCCGGAGUUCGCCCGCGGCAUCCUCAAGUGCGACAUGUCCGACCUGUCCCUCAUUUUGUGUCUGAGUUACAGCCUGGUCCUGAUGAUCACCUGCACGGUGUACGCCAUAAAGAGCAGGGGGGUCCCCGAGACCUUCAACGAGGCCAAGCCCAUCGGGUUCACCAUGUACACCACCUGCAUUGUCUGGCUGGCCUUUGUGCCUAUCUUCUUCGGCACAGCGCAGUCCACAGAAAAGAUGUUCAUCCAGACCACCACCCUGACGGUGUCCAUGAGCCUGAGCGCCACCGUCUCUUUGGGAAUGCUCUACAUCCCCAAGGUGUACGUCAUCAUCUUCCACCCGGAGCAGAACGUGCAGAAGAGGAAGCGCAGCUUCAAAGCCGUGGCGCAGGCGGCCACCGUCUCCACGCACCUGUCCCAGAAAUCCAACGACAAACAGAACGGAGAGUCCAAGAUAGAGCCGGACAGGUCCCAG